AUGAGUAAAAGAAACCAAAAAAGAAUUGAACAUGAAUUAAAAGAUUUGAUCAAUGAAAGAUCAAAUUCUAAUAAAUGUGGUGAAUGUGGAGCUGGAUUCCCAAGUAUUGAAAUAUAUCAAUAUUUAAGACAAAAAUAUCUACAAGGUAAAUUUCGUCAUGAUCCAAUUGAUGAACAAGAUUAUAAUCUUGGUGGAUCAAGUUCAAGACCAAGAUCAAGAGCUAGAUCUAUAUCAAGACCUUCAUCAAGACCAAGUACUUCAUCAAGAAAUAUUCCAAAAUUAAGUCAUAGAGAUAUCUCAGAAUAUGAUAGAUUAAAAUAUAGAAAACAAGAACAAAAAUUAGAGGACCAGGGGUUUUCCAAUGUGGAUGAUAAUUAUGAAAGUUUAUAUUUAGCAAAAGGUGAUUUUAAUUUAGCUAUAGAUAUUUUACAAAAUUCUGGUCCAUCUGUUACAAAUUCCCGUGAUGAAGGUCCAAAACCUGCAUUACCAAGAAGACCAGGUACUUCAGUCUCAUCAACAGGAGGAGGACCUUCACAAUCAAUUUCACAACCAGCUACAGCUUCAUCAGAUUGGUGGAGUGGUAAUAAUAAUGGAUCUACAACACAACAACAAAUUGCAACACCAGCAAUAUUUGAUGGUACUUCAUCAUCACAAUUACAAUCACAACAAACAACGGGAAUCAUUGAACCACCCCAACAAUAUUUAGACCCUCAAACCGGUAUAAUUUAUGUUGAUCCAAUUCAACAACAACAAUAUUUACAACAACAACAACAAUUACAAUUACAACAAAAUCCAACUGGGUUUUAUCAACAACAAUCUCAACAAUUCCCACAACAAACUGGGUUUCAACAACCACAACAAACUGGUAUUUUUAAUCAGCAACAACAACCUUUUCAGACUGGUGGUGUAGCGCCACAAAGGACUGGUAUUGAUAAGAAUCAAUUAUUAUCCUUAUAUAAUACAGGAUCUCAACAACAACAACAACAACAACAACAAACAGGAUUUUCCCAAGGAUUCCCACAACAACCUCAACAGACAGGAUUUCAACAACAGCCUCAACAAGGUUAUCAAUUUGGUGGGUUUAAUGGAUAUAAUUAUCAGUGA